UUCAGAUUCAUCAACAAUAUGGAAAACAGAAAUCAAACAGAUGUUUCUGAAUUUUUUCUCCUGGGAUUGACAGAUGAUCCAGAACUACAGUUCCACAUCUUCUUCCUGUUCUUGUCCAUGUACCUGAUCACUAUCUUAGGAAACCUGCUUAUUACCCUGGCUGUCAGCUGUGACUCCCACCUCCACACUCCCAUGUACUUCUUCCUCCUCAACCUGUCCUUAACUGACAUCUGUAUGAGCACAACUACAAUCCCAAAGAUGCUGGUAAACAUCCAAGCACAGAGUCAGAGCAUCACUUAUGCAGGAUGUCUCACCCAGAUGUGCUUUGUCAUGGUUUUUGCCUUUUUGGAAAAUUUUCUCCUAACAGUAAUGGCUUAUGACCGCUACGUGGCCAUUUGUCACCCCUUAAGGUACUCAGUUAUUAUGAACCCCCAACACUGUGGCCUGCUGAUUAUAUUCUCACUGUUCCUUAGCAUUGUGAAUGCCCUGCUCCUUAGUCUGGCCGCAUUGCGCCUGUCCUUCUGCAAGGACCUGGAAAUCCCUCAUUUCUUCUGUGAACUUGCUCAGGUCAUCAAUCUAGCAUGUUCUGAUACCCUCAUCAAUGACAUUUUGUUAUAUUUUGUGGGUAGCCUAUUUGGUGUUGUUCCUCUCUCCGGUAUCAUUUUCUCUUAUACUCAAAUUGUCUUCUCUGUUUUGAGAAUGUCAUCAGCAGGUGCAAAGCUUAAGGCUUUUUCCACCUGUGGGUCUCAUUUGACAGUUGUUUCCUUAUUCUAUGGGACAGGUUUUGGAGUUUACAUAAGUUCUAUAGUUACUGACUCAUCCAGGAAGACUGCAAUGGCUUCAGUUAUGUACAUCGUGGUUUCUCAAAUGGUGAACCCAUUUAUCUACAGCUUGAGAAACAGGGACAUGAAAGCAGCCUUAAGAAAACUCAUCAAUGAGAUACCUUCUUUUCUGUGA